AUGUCUGCACGGGCAGAGAGCGAUCCUCAAGGCACAGUUCUCUCCCUUUCACUUGACAUGUUUCGUACCCUUGUACUCUACUCUCUUUUGGCUACGUCCUUCGCUGCCCCCAGCAGCCACGGGUCUUCUUCUAGCCCGCAAGCCAGUGCGCAAUGUCCUGCGACUGAUAUCGAGGGCAGUUUGCUGGACAGCGCCAGCGUCAUGUCAGAUGGCAAGAUUUCAUGCGCCUGGCAAAUUGCUUGCGACUGUGUCUACAACUCUCCCAGUGGGACCCUUGCUUCGGGGUCGUCGUCCUGCCCCAAGAGCAUAGCGCCGGGUUCUACUAGUGGCUCUUCGUCCAACGGAAAAGUCUCCUCCGGCAAACUCAAUGAGAACUUUGGAACUGCAUCUCUGUUGGCAGACGACGACGACGACGACGACAUCCCACCAUCCAGCGGAAAACUCAACGAGAACUUCGAAACCACAUCUUCGUUGGCAGACGAGAAGAACAACGAUAAAGGACUUUCACCCGCAGUCAUAGCGGCAUUCACUAUCAACGGGGUGUUCGUGCUGGGUAUUCUGGGCUUGCUCGCUGUUUGCAUAUUCCGCCGUCGCAAACCCAAACAGCGUUCACCAAUUAAGGCACUGUAUACUGGCGUCGAGAACCCACGAGACACCUUUGUUCCUCUAACUCAUGGCACAAAUGACGGCCCAUACUACGAUCCUCACGAGGCGACCGAGAAGGAGAGCCUUCAGGCAAAGAGCGGACCUAUGGCGAGCGGCAACAGCCGAUUCGAAGACGAUUAG